GCACCGCAAAGCUCAAUUGACCGACUCCACAAUCGUCAUGGCCGACAAGACCCCCGAACCCACUGCGCAGCCCGUUGCGCCCAUCCCGCGCACCACCCGCCCUAUGAGUGAAGCUCUUCUCAACGAGAAGUGGGAUCGCUGCCUUUCUUCUAUGCUCAUUCGAUCUGGACUCGGCGUCGGCUUCGGUGUCGUCUUCUCCGUCCUCCUCUUCAAGCGACGCGCCUGGCCCGCAUGGGUUGGCCUCGGUUUCGGUGCCGGACGGGCCUGGGAGGAAUGCGACGGCUCAUUCAAGAGGGCAGCGGCACCCCCGAAGGACGGACUCCGAGUCAUUAGGCCAUAGAUUGAAAAGUGCGAGCGUGAGAGAGUAAGGUGAAGCAGGGCGCUUGAACCCUGUGCACGAAACGAUGUACAGUAGUGCGUGGCUAUAGACGCUUUUCAGCUUUCCGGAAUUUCAUAUUGUACAUUUGACAUUCGAAAACGCGCUCAUCGGGUCUCUUUUGGAAUGGCAACGCAUGUUUUGCUAACAUAUGCUUACGCCCCGAUAUGUCUUCACUCCCCCGUCUUUCCCCCUUCCUCGACUUAAUUUACCCAAUAUUUUUCUAUCAAUAGCUAGGCAGCAUUUUUGAUACUGCGCUGGGAAGGGACAUGCUAGCUCUACAGUGGCUUAGUUAAC